AUUCAAUGUCCACCAAACACCAAACCGUCGUUGUAACUGGAGCUUCCUCCGGAAUUGGCCUUGCCACCGCCAAAGAAUUUGCCUCCCGUGGCUAUACUGUCAUCGCGGGGGCUAGAAGAGUGGAUGCUAUGGAAGAAUUGAGAAAACUUGGGGUAAUUACCGUUUCAUUGGAUGUCACCUCACCCGAAUCGGUACAACUGUUAAAGGAGUUAAUUAAACAAGAGUACGACGGGGAGAUCCAGUACUUAUUCAACAACGCCGGCCAGUCCUGUACGUUCCCAGCCAUUGACGUGUCAGACGAAAAUAUGGAAAAAUGUUUUGCGGUCAAUGUGUUUGGCCAGGUGAGAGUGACAAGAGAAUUGGUUCCGUUUUUAAUUAAAACUCGGGGAACCGUUGGAUUCACCGGAAGUGUGUCGGGGUUCCUUCCCUUCCCAUUUUCUUCCAUAUACUCGAGCACCAAGGCUGCCAUUCACGAGUUUGCCUCGACAUUAGCGUUUGAGUUGGAGCCUUUUGACGUCAAAGUCAUCAAUAUCAUCACCGGGGGAGUUGACACCGAUAUUGCCGAUAAGAGGCCCUUACCGGAAGACUCGUGGUAUUCGGCCGAAGGAAUUGAGGAGCUUAUUUCAAAGCGUAGGGAGAUGGCCAAACGAAAUGCUCCGAUGUCUGCUGAAUUGUAUGCUCAAAAGGUGGUUUCAGACUUUGAAGGGUCCCGUAUUGGUGUUAUCAACUACUACAGGGGUAGCAAGGCCAGUAUCUUGCACGUGGUACUGUUUUUCCCCCGUUUCUGGGUGACUUUUGUGUUUAGAAGAAUGUUUGGAAUGGUUUCAUUGUGGCAGCACUUGAGAGAGAAAUACAGUAAGUAAUUUCAUACAUUGAACAUGACACAAUAAUAUACAGAUGUUUUUAGGGGUUUAGUUUAAAUGAACGACUCGAGAUCGGGCACGUAUUCAGGCUUACCCGAGUCAAUGCUUUUCAAGACAGUCUCGAUGCACAAUAACGCGUUGAGGGCAUCUUCACCGCUGCAGCUACUACGAACCUCGGCCCCCGUGAUUAAGUUGAUAAAGUGAUUCAACUGCAAAUCAAAUGGCUUGGGAGGAGGUUUCAUGAAUUCACCUGAAUUAGGUGGUGAAGGUGUUGGGGUUCUAAGGCCGAUUUCACUGGGAUCUGCCUCACCGCUGUAGUCAUCUUCGAUACUCACGUUCGACACGUUGGUGACCUCGAUGGGCUCAAGCCACGACCCGUGGUGGGAGUCACUGACGGCCACCUGGGCAGUUUUCAACGAAUUCUGGUGGUAGAGGUUCAAGUCCGGCACCGAUAAAGUGCCUCUAGAGCCAAAGAUCCGAUAGAACCCGCUCAAGUCCGCCAUAUGUGGCACAUUGGGGUUUUCGCCCGUGCCGGUCUCGAAGUUGAAGGGAGAAAUGAUGUUAUCAGAGCAGAUAAACGUGCCUUUGCAGCCAUUCUUGAAAGACAACGUCAAAAUGGCCCCUUCAUCCACCUCGAAUUCCCGCUGCGGUACCAAGAGUUCGGCAUAUAUCUUCGACACCGGGCCCAUCAAAUACAACAACAAGUCCAAAUCAUGGACCAAAUUGAUCAAUAAAGUACCUCCACCAGCCGACCGGUCCACACGCCAUUUUUUCUCAAGGUAGUAGUCGUGAUUCUUCUUGAGGCACCACGUCCCUUGGAUGGCGAUGGGCCGUCCGAUCUUGUCCAAGUUUUUCUUUGUUUUCAAGAUGUAGGGAUUAAACCUUCGGUGAUGGCCUAUUAAGAGCUUGACAUUCUGGGCGUAACAAUACUCAAUCAAUUUUUUACACUCCACUGGGUCGGAGUGGAGCGGUUUUUCGAUCAACAAAUGGAUUCCGUGGGCCGCUAACUUCAUGCCCAAGUCGACGUGGGU